UUUGCCGACAGCAUUACCUUACAAAUUACAAAAUGGUCAACAAAUCCAGACCAUUUCUGUACUUCUACCACUAUUUAUUGAAGGUUCUUGUACAAAUCAUUCCUAAAAUGCAGUUGAAGCAGAAUAUCAAUUCAAAAGUUUGGUGGGGUUCAAGCGGUUGGUCUUUCUCAAGAACAAAUCUUGGAUCUUUUUGGGACUGAUUUCAACAAAAGGUCAAUUUUAUUGAAAUUCAAGGGGUAAUUUGUUUCUCCUAAUCUGAUCAAUUUUAUAGCAUAAACUGAGGACUAGGGUUGAUCUUGAAAUGGAUUUGGUGUAGAAAAGUGAAUGCUUUUUUGGGUUUACAUUUUUUUCCUACACGAAUCGGAGCAAAGGGCUGAAUCGUGGCAGCAAGGCCACUUGCAAUAUCUCGUAGCGUAUUUAAGUCGUCUGAGUUUGCAUUGAUUGUUGAAUCUUGGAAAGAGAAGGAGGAGGUUGAGGAUGGCAGUUCCAUGGAGUAUGACACUGUGGGUGGCUAAGAUGGUGUGGGUGGCAUUGAGUGGUUGGGUAGUCUCUUGCUUGACUAUUGCAGAUGAGGUUGCUGGCUCUAUUCGAAGUGGCGAUAUUGGUCCUUUUCAUGUUGGUUGAGUGGUAUUUGUACAGCAAAAUAGGGUCCAUCAUGUUGUGGUUUGUUCCUAUCAAUAUGUGGGGUCAUUUGUGGAUAGUCUUUCUUUCCUUUUAAUUGUUCUUUUUGGUUUUCAUUUUGUGAAUUGUUGCUUGGUUCUCACAGAUUUUGUAUAUAUCUGGAUAAAUAUCAUUUACUGCAGUUCAAUUAAUUGUUCUUCACUGUUCUUGCUUGAUGAA